GACUCGAGUCUGGAGUCAACAUUAUUCAGAACAUUGACAUAUUUUAAGAAGCUCCUUUGGUCCGUUAAUAGUUCAGAGGAUCUUGCAUCAAAACUAAGACUGAGCUAUGGAGAACUCCAAAGAGAUGGUUGUGAGUAUUGCUGAACACUGUACAGCGGAGGCCAAGAUGAGGAAACUGUUCCUUGUGAUAUGGAAGAGGAUAUUUAUAAUAUCAUGCGUCUUUGCUCUUUUCCUAGAUCCUUUAUUCUUGUACAUUCCUAUCAUCAAUGAGGAUAUCAAGUGUCUCAUGUUGGACAAGAAGUUGAAGAAUACAGCUCUUGUUUUGAGAUCAUUCACAGAUCUCUUUUACAUAGCGAACGUUGUCAUUCAAAUUUAUUUUGAACCUAAAGCUCGGCCAUUUAGGGUGAUGGGGAAGUCCUAUUGCAGUACGAUAGUUUUGACCAAAGGAGCGACAUUAGUUGAGGACGCUCUGGAUUUGGCCAAGUGGAUUUGGCGAUCACACAUCCUAAUCGACAUUCUAGCCCUUCUUCCCAUUCCACAGGUACUAAUUUUCAUUUUCUUCACAAAUAUGAGAGGCUUCAGGUCAAGGAUAGUUCUAAACUCUCUUGUUCUAUUUCAAUAUGUGCUGCGGGUUCUUCGCAUCUACUUAUCGUGUAAACAGCUUGAGAAUCAUGUUCAGUCUGUCUUCAAAUUCUUUACGUUCAUCCUUGCAAGUCAUGUAUUUGGUGCCCUUUGGUACUUUUUCUCCAUUCAACGAGUAACAGAUUGCUGGCAAUUUGCAUGUCGGAGUACAAAUGGGUGUGAAGCUAGUUCUUUUGACUGCAACGAUCAUCCGUUUAGAAAUAUCACACUUCUAAAUAGUUUAUGUCCCAUAAAUCCACCUAAUGCAACACUCUUUGAUUUUGGUAUAUUUCUUGAUGCCCUUCAAUCUGAUAUGUUGAGAUCAAGCGAUUUUCCACAAAAGUUCUUGCACUGUUUCUGGUGGGGUCUACGAAAUCUUAGUUCUUUUGGCCAAAAUCUCCAGACUAGUACCUAUGCAUGGGAAGACCUCUUUGCAAUUUUCAUCUCAAUAAUUGGCAUGCUUCUCUUCUUAAUAUAUCUCAAUGGAAUUAUGCAGACAUAUAUGCUGUUGUCAACUGAAAGAUCAAAGGAGCAAAGGAAGUUGAUGAAAAUGGAGAGGAAGAGAGGCCCAGCGAUAGCAUCAUGGUUACAUAACAACGACAUCCCGUUAAACAUGAAUAAGAUGAUCAUGUCAUGUGCACUACGGGAACUUGAUGCGAACAAGGAUGUCAAUGUCGAGAACAUCCUCUCUGUUGGUCUUCCCUUAGAAUGUCUCAAACUCAUCAAACGCCAUCUCUGCUUGGCUACGCUGAAAAGGGUGCCAGUGCUUCAAGCCAUGGAUGACGAAGUGUUGAGAAAAGUUUGUGACGGUUAUCUAAAGCCAAUGAUCUAUAACGAGAACAAGUACAUUAUUCGGGAGAUGGAACCAAUUGAGAAGAUGCUCUUCAUCACGCAAGGCACGGUGCGCACCUACAACACUAGCAACAGUGGUGGAGGUGGUUUCUCAAGGACUAGCUGCCUUGAGAGAGGUGAUUUUCACGGGGAAGAACUUCUAAAUUGGGCAUUGUAUAACGUUAAUGUUGCCUCCUCUUCCGAUGACCUGCCCAUCUCCACUAGAAUUGUUAAGUGCAGCACAAAAGUUGAAGGGUUUACCCUCAUGGCCAACGACUUGAGAAGUGUCGUCUCUGAAUUUUGGACCAAUGACAUCGACAACCCUCUCUCUGUGUCGGGCACCCGCUAGGUUGCGAAAUCAAUAUGCUAAGACUUGUGGCAUAUUGAUUUCGUAGUACACCCCGUCUUGCACUGAAUACUGUCUUCCCAGGUGCAUCCACAAUGUUUAGAAAUUUUUCAAUAUGAUCUGAACAUGAGAUGACAUACUAAUUUACAAAUUAUGUGAUACAUGUAUCAUCUGUAUUCUCGUCAUCAUAAAAAAAUUUCUCCACAAUGUUGGAGGUAGAUUCGGAUAAAAUUCUAAGAUACAAAUUUACUGCCACCAUUACAUCUCGGGCCGUUAAUAAAGCUGUAUGAAAAAGGUUUGGUACA